GGGGGGGGGGGAAGAGGAUGGGGGGGAGGCAGCACCUGAAUUAUGCAGAAAAUAAAAUAAAAAUCCCGCAAACUGGAAGCCGAGGGCCGCCGAGGGGAGCCGCGACCCCGCGGCCUAACGCGGAGCGGGUGCCCCCGCACAGCCGCCCGCAGCCCCGGGGCUGCUCUGCCACCACCCCCAUUUUUUAUGUUCUUCCUCUUUUUUUUUUUUUCACGAUUUUUCUUUUUUCUUUCCUUUUUCCCCUCUACCUUUCUUCUCCUCGUUUAGCCAGAGAGGUGCCUGGGAGCCCAUCGCCACCCCCGCGUCCCGCUGGGGCCCUUUUCUUAUCCCUUUUUUCCAUCCCUUUUCCCCAUCCUUUUCCUCAUUCUAUUCCCCAUACCGUUUUUUUUCCAUCCCUUUUCCCCAUCCCAUUCCUCAUCCUUUUUCCAUCAUCCCUUUUCCCCCAGCCCUUUCCCCAGCCCUUUUCCUCAUCCCAUUCCUCAUUCCUUUUCCUGUCCCUUUUCCCUCAUCCAUUUUCCCCAUGCCAUUCCUCAUCCCUUUUUCCAUCCCUUUUCCCCCGUUCCUUUUUCCCCAUCCCUUUCCCCAUCCCUUUCCCCAUCCCUUUCCCCAUCCCUUCUCUUUGCAGCUGGAGGCCAACCACUGCCCGCACCCCUCCAUCCCGGCGGCCUGCCCAGUGCUCCCAGCAGGUGCCUCUCACUGGUGGAGGCCGGGCCUUACUGGAGGCACCGCUGCCCCCCCCAGGGACCAGGGGGGGCCUUGGCUGACAUCCUGGGGGGCUCCAUCUCUCUUUGCAGCACUGCGCCCAGACCCUCGCCUCCAGGAAGGUGCCCGCGAGAACGGAGACGGCGGCUCGGGGUCCCGGGGACGCCUCUUUGCACCCCCCCAGGGGUGCUGCAGGUAUUUGGGGGCAGCCCUGCCCGGUUGUGCGUCCGUCCCGGCGGCUGCAGACGCCGCAAGGAGCCCGUCGGGUUGUGCCGUGCCAAUAAAGCUCUUUCGCUGCGGGUUCCCGCAUCCUCUCCUUUGUUCGCGGAGGUUUCUCGCCCUUCUCUUUCUGCCGGCGGAGGCAGGUCCCCUGCCAGGCACCCGCGCUCAGCACCAGGUGGGGGAUAAAUAUGAAAAGCCACCCCAAAAUUUAAAAAAAAUAUACGAACAGCCUCUAAAUUCGGCAGCCUGCGGUCGCCUGCUCAAGCCUGGGCAGGCGCAUCCUCACCCUGGACCUCCAGGAGAGUCCGAGCUGGCAGAGGGCUCCUGCUUAAGGAAUAAAAGGGAAAAUAAAGGAGAUUUGGGGUCCUUUCUAUUUGGGAUCUAUUUGGGAUCGCCUCCAUCCCCGCAGGCAGGUCGCUGCGCUGUGUGCCGAGCAUCACCACCGCGCCGCUGGACCCAACAGCGCACGGCCUCACCCCUCCGCUCUCCUGCCGGUGAGCCAGCCAAAUGGCUUUUCAAUUACUGAUCUCCAGCACGGGAGAGGGAAACAAUAUCAAAAUAACCCCGAAUAAAUAAAUAACCCAUUUGUGGCUUGCAGAACGGCUGGGAUGGAUAGACGCAAGCAGCUUGCACCUAAAGGCCUGGGAUUGUGCUGGGGUCCAGCUGCGUCCUGCCAGGGGCUGCAGUGGAGGUGAAGAGGGGCUCUUGUUACUAUUAAUCCCCAGAAUUAUUGCAGCACCCAGAAUACACCAGGCCGGGGUUUCUCCAGGACCUUUGCCCCCUGAGAUGCACAGCAAGGCGGCUCCUCCUCUUCGGGGUGGACGCUUUGGGUAUGGGAAUGGCGCGGGGCCGGGGUGACAGAUGCAUUUGGGCUGGGUUUUUUUUUGCUGCGGGGUGGAGGAGGAGGUGGCCCGGUUUUAUUCCGAGCAUGUCAGCU